UCAAAGUUGGAAUACGGCACCCAAACAGGGGACUACAAAAAGUUGCUGCUGCCUCCAUCCAGCUUUAGCUUAGGGCUUAGCUUAUGGAUUAAGCUGACAAUCUGUAUAAUCAGUCUACAGAUUUGCAAUUCCCAAUCAAAACCAAAACCAUCAACAACAACAACAACAACCGCAUUUGGGACACACAACCAAGAAAAUGGCGGAGAAACUGGCUCCCGAGAAACGUCACAGCUUCCUUCAUGCCGGCCAGAAGGUUUUCGAGUGGGAUCAAACCCUCGAUGAGAUCAACAUCUACAUCACUCUCCCUCCCGGCGUUCCCACGAAGCUCUUCUCCUGCAAAAUCCAGUCCAAACACAUCGAAGUUGGCAUUAAAGGCAACCCUCCUUAUCUGAACCAUGAUUUCACAUACCCUGUAAAGACUGAUUCUUCAUUUUGGACUAUAGAGGAUGACACUAUGCAUAUAACUCUGCAGAAGAGGGACAAAGGCCUGACGUGGUCUUCUCCCAUACAGGGUGAGGGUCAGCUUGAUCCUUACGCCGCGGAUCUUGAACAGAAGCGUCUUAUGCUUCAGAGAUUUCAAGAAGAGAACCCAGGAUUCGACUUCUCACAGGCUCAGUUUUCUGGAAACUGCCCUGAUCCAAGGACAUUCAUGGGCGGGAUCAGAUCUGAUUGACAAACUAUGUAAUUCUGUAAUGAACUUACAUUAACUCUUUCUCAUCUUAGUCCCUUCAAAAUAAAAUGGUGGUAUUUGCCUUCUUUAAGAUGCUUCUUCAUUCUCACUUUAGCUUAUCGGCCUGUUCAUGAAUGCAAGCCUUGUAAUAUAUUUGUAUUGUGCAAUGAAUGUAAUCCUGUGCCUCUUGUAAUAAAUGUCUCACUUUGGCUUCA